AUGAACGACCCUGCUUUAUCUACUGUCCCUCGUUUGGCACCACGAUUUCAACGACUUGACGACACUGACGAGAAUGUACCGAGGUUCCGGUGGAGCACACUCAUCGGCAAUAUGGACAUUUCAAACGAGAGCCCGUCAAGCAAGACGGACGUUGUCGAUGCACCCUCAUUAUCCCCCACGAUACCUCCCUCUGCAUCCGUGUCUACUAGCGUGCUACCACUCGAAAGUGUGAGCACAGGUGGUGCCACGGAUAUUGACCCGGAUACCUCUUUCAAAUAUGCGCCACCUGCUCUUCCUAGCUCUGUGUAUUUUAAUGCCCAUUUCUCCUUCGACGAUUCUACGAUCUUUUCCUCUAGUGCCACAAACUUUUUAUACCCAAGGGCUGCUGCACAAGGCCAGCCCGUUUGUAUUGGAGACGGCUUAGAUGUUUCUGCUAUUGGUGUGCUUUCGACAAUUGUUUUAUCUACAGUGUUUGGUUCUGUCAUAUGGGUGAGUGCCUUCGAUCUCAUUCAGGUUGAUCGGCCACCAAUUCGUCUACAAGUUAUCCUUCGCUUUUAUUCGACCCCGCUUUCGUCAGGUAUACGGCUUGAGGGAAUGGUUUGUUCCACAAGGCGACCAAAAUCUCUCAGCGAUUCUGUUGGGGCAUUCCUUUUUCCCCAUGUACCACUAAUUCCUACUUUAUCUGCACAGACAUCCCGGUCUGGGAAAUCUGUUGCGCGAGAUCGUGAUGAUGAAUACUUUCCCUCCGACGAAGAGCUCACCCUGCGUGUACUAUGGACGUGUGUUCUGAUUAUAUCUGGCUGGGCAUUCCUUGGAAUAGCCGGCUUGUUGCCGCUGUAUCUCGUGGCAACACCUUGUAUUGCGCAUUCUAUCUCGCCUUUUCAGUAUGCUGGGCAAUAUUCGACACUACAAGACCUCAGUUUACUUCGUAUCUUACACCUCCUGGACGGCAGCACCAAUGUACAAGACUUGAUGGUUCGAGCGACAGUGGCCAGUCUUGAUACGGCACCGUACGUUCGCAUACGCCUCAUUGUUCUUACCAUACUGGCCAUUGUGCUAUUCCUCUGGCCUGCUCUAUGGGCAAUUAUGCGAGAGUACAACAAGCUGGUUGCCUAUCGGGACCGUUGGGUAAAUGAACGUUGCCAUGGAGUUGAAAUGGGCUGGCUGAGCGCCCGUCGGGCGCCUGGGCUUGUCGGUUGGGGCGAGAAGCGCCUGAAGGAGUUCAUCGUCAAAGCAGGACUUAGCUCAUCCUUGGAAGUGCACGAAAAGACUAACGGCCAAUCGAAACGGCGACGACGACGAACUCAGGAUUGGAGUGAGGCGGAGAAGGACAGCCUCGGGGUGGACAUUCAAAGCUUGUUUUCAGUAGGGGAUACUACACAACUUGCGCUGCUCAUAGACGAACGCGAUGAAGUUUUGGAGAAUCUCGAAGUUGCUGAAGCAAAAUACAUACAGAGCUUCCGAUUGUCCACACCGGACCCUUCAAUAGCUGACUUUCAACCUCCCCUCACCGCGAUUUCAGAGGAACCUGGUUCGGCUACUCGACCUGUCAUCAGUCGCCCACUCCCACUUGGGAGCGUUCCCGCACGCGGUGAGCGUUCGUCUUCUGGAAGUAGUAACAAGCAUUCUCAGAGCCGACGCAAGAGGCGUCGUGGGCGCAAUCCAGCAUUUGGAUCAUCGUCUCUUCCACCCACGUCAUAUGUUAUGCCUUCGCAAUACUACAAGCUACGUGGAGUGCAGGGCCUCAGUGGCGGUCAGUUUGCGGACGUCGAUAAAGAUGUACUCCCCGCAGCUCGGUCUCCCAGCCUAGUCGACUCGUUCAAUCAGCGAGUUGUCGGAAGUAGAUUCCAGGAGGUAGACAGCAGCUCCCCCACGGUAGGUCGAAUUCCUGUGGGGAGUCAGGUGACGAUGAGCAAGAGCGGCCAUCUGGUAGCUAGUGCAUCAGACUCGCCCGUGCCGGACAUAGGGCUCUGGGGACCUAAUUCGCACAACUCGUGGGACACAACCGAGUACGACACUUUCCCGUACACCCCGUGGAUUCCGCACGGGUCGCAGGACCCUAUCCUGGAAGAAUUUGAAGAAGACUGGCACGACGUGCUGAACGAGGAUCCGGAGGCCUUCGACAAUGGUGAGGAGUACCCCGAAGACAAGCGGAAACGGCCACGACCGCCGCGCGCGCGCAACGGGAUUGAAGCUCAUCGCGAGUCCUUCCCACUCCGCAAACGGGCUGCACCGGCGCCUGAGGAUGUACCUCCGCCUCACCUACGUUUGCAGCCCCGCCAGCCGUUCGUGCGACCGCUGUCGGGAGUAGAUCACGACACGCUCGGUGUCAUCUACUCAGAGAUCAGCCUGUGGCGAUCCAAGCUGAAGGUCAUCAACGCAGAGAUUGGGGAGGUGCAACGGGAGUGCUACAACGAUAUCGCGGAGGGCGCCCGGAUUAAAGGUUGGCUCAUGAUUGGGCGCGGGCUGCGGUUCUUGCCCGGCAUGCAGCUGAUUGAGGGCCGGGCUAAAGAAGACAUCCGGUGGGACGAGCUUCAGAAUGAGGGUAGCUUCGCGCGGACGUUUGGGUUCUGGACGAUCACUAUACCCGUUGCGUGCAUGCUUGGCGUGGUGUUGGUCGCCGCGGCGGGGCUGUUCCUGAGCACGGCUCCGGAUUUCUCGCAUUAUUACCCGUUCCUGGGACGGUUGAACGAGGGGAACCAGCUCGGUGCGGGUAUUGCCACGAACCUCGUGGCGGCGCUACUCGCAAUUCUGUUCAUCAGCCUCGCCCUGAGCGUGGUGCAUUAUACGGGCCAGCUUGUCCGGACGGUGUCCUUGUCGGGAAGCCAGCUGUUCAUAUUCAAGGCUGUCUUCUAUGUGGCCACUCUAGCUGGAGGUGCUGCCCUGUUCACGGCCGGUGCGCUUCUGUUUGCGAUGCAUUCGUUCAGCGACCACAUCGGAGACACUCUAUCCGUGGCGGAUGGGAUCAUCUACAUGAGCGUGCUCGCGAUGUUGAUGAUACUCACCGUCGCAGUGGUCUUCCCUGGUCUCCUGCUGCUGCAGCCAGUCCGGCUAUGGCGGGUGCUUAGGGCUGAGAAGGAAGCAGUGACAUCGCGACAGCGAUUCCGGGCUGUGUACCCUAGGACAUAUAACCCAUCUUACGUGUUGAGCUGCACCAUUUUAGCUUUUGCAUAUUCGGCGGCGUUCACGUUACUGUUCCCACUGGUGGCACCAGCAGCGUUACUAUUACUGCUGUUCACAGUCAUCGCGUACCGCUUCCUCAUAGGUUAUGUAUACGGCCGGACGCAUUCAUCCACAGGAGGGCUGUUGCAGAUCUGGCUUCUGCAGCGCUUCGCCUCUCUUCUGGCAUUCCAGCCGCUGAUACUUGGGCUGAUCUUCCUCACCCGAGCGCUCUGGGUCGAAGGCGGCAUCUUGUGCGGGUUCGCGCUCUUCGUCAUCGUCUUCGUCGAAUGCUACUGCGGAUGGCGCACACGACAGCCUAGCCGGAGGUUGCUGAACCCGAUCACGCUCGACAGCCUGGACACCUUUGCUAGGACGGCGCAGCCGGGCAAGAACGCGAGUAUGGACGAAGAAAGCCGUAGCCUGGUGAGCUCCGGUAGGAACACCCGGCUGCGGGGUUCGUUCGCUUCCAUCCUGGAUAUGAUGUCGCUGACGCUGGCAGUGGCGCCCUCGCCGGCGGAGACGAGGGGGGCCGUCCCACUAGCCACGGAGACGCUCGACGACCUCACGGCCACGGAGCGUGCGGCACGCACGCACCCAGACGCGCCACCACACCUGCCGCCGCUGCCGUUUGCGGACCACGCGGAAGAGAUGGCGGGAAUCCUCUAUGCGCCAGAGCUGCUCGCGCCGCCGCCGGUGAUCUGGCUGCCGAACGACACUGGGGGUAUAGGCCGCUCGGAGGCGUACGACCUGGAACGGUACCACCACUUGCGUGUGACCCUGGACGUCCGCGCGAAGGAGGACGUCGUCUCCCGGCGGUCUUCGCAGGCGCGUCGCCAGGGCAGCUCAUGA